UUUAACAUCUUCUGUAUAUUGAAUCUUAUAAUUGUUUUCUGUUUUGCUGUAUGCUUUUUUGGCAGUUUGUACAGAAUUUUGUUACUAUUACUAGCUUUUGAAAGAAUUCCAUUUUAUCUCACUGUUUUACAAUGAGGGCUCUCUUUAUUGGCGAUUCCAUGAUCAAAUACUUGCAUAAGUAUGUAUCUGUUGAAUCACUUGACUUUCAUUUGGACAUUGUUUCCUAUCCUGGUGCAACUAUUGAAAGAUUAGCUAGCAAUAUUUCUGUACACAAAAAUUAUGACUGGGUCUUAGUGCAUGUUGGCACAAAUAAUGCAUCUUUGGAUACUAUUGAAGUAAUACUUAAAAAAUAUAGAGCUUUGGCCACUGAGGUAUUACUUCAUGACCCAGGUGCAAGAAUAAUUUUCUCGAGUAUUGUUCCAAGAGAUUUUGAUUUCCACAGAAAGGAGUAUAAGGAAUCGGAGUAUUAUUUACAGACACUAAACUAUAAGGUUCGAGCCAUAAACUGUGCACUUAAAGAACUAUGUUAUUUUCAAAUGUUUUUCUUUUGCAGUUCUUUCCAGCCAUCUUGGAAAAACUAUCUUGCAAGAGAUGGCUUGCAUUUAAACAGAUGGGGUAAUAAGCUGCUUGCAGGUUGUUUUCUUGAAUCCUUAACAGGAUGCAUCUCAGCAGAUACAGCAUCUAAAAAGAUUGCAAAGACGCAGUCUUCCAACUCUGGUUUUUCUUUUGAUGAUUCAGAGUUUCCUCUAUUGCCAUUUUUUCCCGCAGCAUUUGUUUCUUCUGCUAGGCCAAAGCAAGAGUCUGGCAAGCCAGUUUCUAGGCCUGUGCAACCUGCUAGGCCAAAGCAAGAGUCUGCCAAGCCAGUUCCUAGGCCCGUGCAACCUGCUAGGCCAAAGCAAGAGUCUACAAGGCUAAUUUCUACACCCGUGCAACAGUCAGCUGCUCUGCUGACGAAAGAUAUUUCUUCUCUGCCAUCUUCUAAAGGUAAUACUCAAUUUGUACUGCCUGUGAUCCCAUGCAUUCCAUUCAGUCAGUUUAGUGAAAAUGUUUUUAGUAGUAUUCCCACAUCAAAUAAAUUUUCAGUUUUGCCAACAAAUUGUAAAAUAUUGCAUGGUGGAAUAUUCGCUCGCUCAAAAUUGUUCCUAUUCUAAAAACUGUGUUUAUUGUGGGAAAACAUAUUCUAUGCGGUCCUCGUUUUCAAAUCACCUGAAGAAAUUUAAAUGCCCUCAACCUGUCAAAGACUGUUAUCCUAAACUAUGUGAAAAAUGUUUGAAGUCCUAUUCCUCUAAAUCUUCUUUUUCAAACCAUUUAAAUCAAUGCAACAAAUCAAA